AUGGCCAUGAAACAGAUUGGCCCUGUCACCAGAGCCUGGUACAAGUGGAAAGCUCUCCGCCUGCCGUGGCGCAAGCGCUUUCUCAUGGGCUUUGAUCUCCAAGGCAAUACAUACUGGGAGUUUCGACUCACACGCGGUGCCGAGAGUAACGAGCGUUGGCGACGAAUUGUUGAAUACCCGCGAUCAGCGCAUUACUCAUCUGUAAAGGUCCCUCCGCAAUGGCAUCAAUGGCUACGACACACGAGGGAAGAACCCCCAAGUGUUGAAGAGCAACAGGGCGAUAUUGUGCGCCAGGCGAGAAUGAAGAAACUCGCUGCUGAAGCGGAUGCUCGAUGGGAGGCGAAACCACGAGUUAUGGAAGCGCCACAGGCUGCACCGGCACCUCUGCUGCAACCAGCCAAUGCCAGCUCUGCAGGACAAGACGGCAAGGGUACCAAGGCCGAUGCAGGUGCAAAGAAGGCUGAAGAUGAGGUCGAACUGAAGGACGACCCUUGGGCCAAGGCCAAGGCAAGGGCACCGGGCGAGACAUGGCAGCCUUCUGCUUGGACUCCGCCGGCAGCCAAGAGACGCUGA